UCCCGCCCUCCGCCCCUCGCUGCGCGGGCCGGGCGGGCCGGCGGGAGCCGAGGGCGCGGAGCGGCCCUGCCCCGGGAGGCGACAGCGGCCGCGCCGGCCGGCGAGCCUGCUGUUCACUUCGCGGUCUGUCAAAUGUACUUUGGCACACAAUGAAACGUAGGCACCCUCAGCCUUUAACUUUGAGCUGGAGGAGGUCGAGCUGUUUAUCUCCAGUUUAAGAAAGCAAAACUGCAUGGGAACUUUAUCCUGUAGCAGAGCGUUAGUGUCCAGGCCAGACGUCAAAUUAAGAUCCAAGCACCCUUUAAGGACCAAUGUACCCAAUAGCUCAUGGAAGAAAAAAAUCAAACCAAGACAUCGUUGGUUUCCAGGCUACCGAAAUAUGGAACGAAAACUUUAGGGAGUGUUCUGCAACCCACGCCAAACGGGACGGCUGUGAACUUGGCUGGGAGUAAUGGUGGCAGAAAUUUCAGCAAGCACAAUGGCACUGUUGGAAUGUCUUCCUUUGCUUUCAACUGGAAAAAAUCAAAUAAAUAUCAGCUUAACGAUCAGAAUGGGAGAGGGGCCAAUGGCAAAUGCAACUCUAAUGAAAAAUUAAUUGAUUCUGAGAAGUAUCCUCAAUCUCAAGGAGCACUGGGCAGUGAUGAGCUCAGGGUGGGUUUGAACAGUACUGCUUCUGUUGUGUCAAAAGCGGCAAAGCCAACCAAUAUGUUUGUAUCUCCUACUGAGGAAUUAAACCCAAAGUCUAUACCUGGACUCUCUAGUUCAGCUAAAUUCACCAAAGGUACCCUGUCAGGAAGGACAUACUCUGGACUCAAUGCUCCAAGAUCAAAUUUAAAUGGAUUUUAUGGAAAUCGGCCAGUGGUAGGUUUGCAGAGACCUAGAGCUAAUUCUGGUUCUGCAAGGACAAGUUCAGGAGAAAGCCUGGCACAAUCUACAGACAAUAGCAAGGCUUUUUCCUGUGACAAAAUGGUAAGAUCACAAAGUUUUUCACAUUCCAUUCAGAAUUCUUUCCUUCCCACUGCAUCUCUAACCAGGUCACAUUCCUUUAAUAAAGCUGUGGAUCUUACAAGGCCUUAUCACAGUCAAAAUCUCGCUGCCAGGACGUCUCAGAGGUCUACUCUGCUGUCAAGAAAUGCAUGUCAGUUGGAUGUACCCAAUGGAAAUGAACCGAUGAAGUAUGGAUUUACCAGACCGUACUCGGCUGUGUCAGCUCCUUGUUCCAAGAAACCCCCACUGUCAAAUGGAUCUGGGUCAGCACCUUCCUAUGGAUACAGAUUAAGUCGGCCUCCUCUGCUGAAGCCUACCAGGCAGCGGUUUGCUGGGAACAAUUCCGUUGUGGCUGGCAGCAAAAGUGCGGCUGCGGACACGCGCGUCGUGGAGAACACGGAGAUUUCAGCCAAUAUCAAUAGAGCCGUCGAUAAAAACAGUAUUCUGGAGAGCAGGGCUCAAAGAACAGAACCUGGUGAGGGCCUGCAUGAAAAUCUGGGAAAACAUGGCUCAAAGGUGAUGUGUAUGAGCGAUGAUGGAGAUGAAAUAUCUAUAUCUUCUUUGUCAUCCUCUGAGAAAAACGAUUUGAGUGAAGACUUCAGUGAUGAUUUCAUAGAUAUAGAAGAGGCAAACAGACCUGUGCAAGUCCAGCAGAAGGAGAGCUGCCUUCAGGAAUUAGAGCAUGGGAGCAGAACGUCCAUCGAGCCAUUCACAUCUCUCAAGGAAGGUGGAGGAUCUUGCUGUAAUGCUGAUGACUGGCUUGAUAUAAAUGUGUCUGCAGUGGAUGACAACAGUGAAAGCACAAAACACACUACUGAGAAUGUCAUCUCUUCAGAGAUGAACUACAGAGCUGGCUCCUCCUUUGAGCUUUCUCCAUCUGACAGCUCUGAUGGCACAUAUAUGUGGGAUGAAGAAGGGCUGGAACCUAUAGGAAGUGUCCAUCCGUGUGGGAGUUACGACUCUUCAGAAAUGAACAGCAUAGAUAUCUUGAAUAAUCUUGAUUCAUGUGAUCUUGAAGAUGAUGAUCUCAUGCUUGAUGUGGACCUGCCUGAGGACCCACCUCGUGACAAAGAGGAAUGUGAAAAUAUGAGCCGCUAUGACAGACAAGACAGAAAUGUGAGACAACAUCAAGAGGGAUUCUGGAAAAGAGCACCACAACAGCGAUGGAAUACACAGGAGCACUAUCAUCUUGGCCAUGCUGACCAUUAUAUCCAUGGUAAAAAUGAUUUGAACAGGGGCUCAGGCUACCUGGAGCCAUCUGUGGGUGCCCUGGAGAGCUGCAGAGCAGGCAGCAGCGCGCAGGCGCCGCGGGCGCUGGCGGAGAACACGGUGAUGCUGGACGAGAUGACGCUGCGGCACAUGGUGCAGGACUGCACCGCCGUCAAAACCCAGCUCCUCAAACUCAAGAGGCUGCUGCACCAGAAUGAUGAAAAUGUGUCACUCCAGGACAUCACAUUCUCAGUUCCAUCGAGUCCAGAACCAGAAGAAGCUGCAUCAACUUUUAAGAUGGAUGAUCUGCUGAAUGAGAUCAGGCAGCUUAAAGAUGAACUGAGGAAAAAGGAUGAAACAAUCAACCAAUUAGAGCAGCAGCUUGCCACCAGAUGUAACUGCCAGAAGGACAGUCAGAAACCUCCAGGGGCAGUGCGCGCGUGUGCCGAUAAAUUCACGCAGACCUCCUGGAGGAGGAGUUCUGGUGGGUAUUCUGCUCCCUCCUUCUCUCCCUGGCAGGGCUCAUUCCAGGGCAUCCCUCGGAGUGUUCCACCGCACCGCAGACAGACCUCAAGUACUACAGCCUUCCAGCAGCCUUCCCAAUUCCACAGACCUCGCCCAGGGAAAACUAAUAAAAACUCCACAUAUCGAGGCCCACAGUGAAUAUCCUAAACCAGAUCUGCAUGACAAUAGAAACCAUCAGAAUCCAAAUGCUGCAAAUGUCUCUCUCCCAAAUAGCCCGAAUGACAUAAACUCUUUAACGAGCGUGCAGUUAAACACGAAAGAUGAAAAUGCACCAUAUUUGGACAAUGUGAAAAACAAAAACACUGAAGACCCUGGAGAGGUGCCUAGUAAUAAGAAAGGUACAUUACCACCUCGUUCCCACUUUCAGACCUCUACACGAGCUGAUGCUCCAGAGGUGCAGACUGGAUUACCUGUGAAAGGUCAACCCUCAUUCACAAACCAGGCUUCUCAGCCAAAGACUUCGAGAAUCGCGAAACCCCCAACUGCUUUAGUGCCUCCUACCAUGGCUGUUCCCGUACGAUCUGCAGGUCAUGCCGCUGCUUCCAAGGAACGUGAGCUUCUACCACUGAGUAAUUUGACUCAGCCACAGCCAGCAUCUGGGCAGGAUAACCUAAAGGGUAAACAGAGUCAGAAAGUGUCAAAACUUCGCCCACCAACUACGUCCUUUGUUAAAUCUAAGCAAGUGAGCAGUCAGAAAUCCACACCAGUACCUCCAGAGCCUCAGAACACCUCCCUAAAGUCUAACAUCCCAAGGCCACCAGUCCAGAGAAAGGAAAACGUGCAGACACACUCUGCUGGCUUGCAUUCUGGGGACAGCAUGCCCUCCGGUCGGCAUUCCCGCCUCCCGAAACCAAAGACACACUGAGGCUGUUCCCACAUCUCACCGCACUAUGCCACGCCAGAUCCCGCUUCCCGUGUUGUGACUGCCUUGGAGCCUGCUGUACCUGCAGCCUGCAAAGCCUGAGUCACUGUUCCAAAUUGCAUCUUCUUUAGGGUUUGCAUUCUCCAUCCUGCCGUGUUCUGAGGCUGAUGUUAUGAGCUGUGCAGUUUCUCUUGAGAGUGCUUUAUUUUAAUGUCAGUCUUUAAUAAAGAUGGUAUUGCAAUCCUAGUAAUUAAGCAAAUAUUGAAGUCUGUGGUGACCACAAAUGCCAGAAUGCUGCACUAUUUAUUUCAGGAUGGCAUAAAUUAUUUCUUACCUCUGUUUGAGUUAUUAGACAAUGAAAUUGCUAUUCUGUUUAACUUCUUGGUUCUGAGUACUCGUUAGGUCAGAGUGGUAGAAAAUUAGACUGACUAGCAGAUGUUUUCUUGGCCAUAAUUCUGACUCUGUAUUCCAGAGGCCUAUGCAAAAAUCCUUGUAUUUAUCAUUCUCUCAAGACUGACAUAUUUAAUGUUAUUUAAUCUGAUGGGUUGGGUGGGUUGUGUUGUUUUGUUUUGCUGUAACCUGAAGUUGCUCUGUUCUUUAUUUAUCCCGUUUUCACUGUUCACAGACAUUAGGCAGAUGUCACAGGGUGAAAUGAAUCUUCUCGCUUAAACAUCCUCAUUUGUUAAAAGAUUGUGGUAUGUUUUUAUUGUGUUGAACAGACACAUUACCGGGUAGGUUCUUGAAAUGCAGUGCUAAGGAUGUUUGUCCAAACCUUCCAAGGCAGGCUCUUAGGAAUUGGUAAGUAGGGAGCCUCUGGGAAUAAGGGAUCCAGAACACCUUUGUUGAGGUUGCACAACAUGCAUUUUAAUUAAUAUUUUAAACUUUUAUUGUUCUGCUUGUAUUUAUUCAUUUUCUGUUUAAUAUUGGAAGGCUCUGAAGUACCUAACUUGAAAUUUUGCACAAACUUUGCCAUAUGUGUAAGAAUUUGAAACUAUUUUACAGAAUAAAACUUAUAUGAAAAAUGCAACUAUUUUUUAAAAAGGAAAAAAAUUAAACCCCCUUAUUUGCUUUGAGCAAUCCUUUUAUGUCCUAAUCCAGAGCUGGUACUCUUAAGAGUUUUUUGAACGUGUUAUUUUGGGUUUGUUUUUUUGUUUUGUUUUGUUGGGGUUUUUUUGUUUUUGUUUUGUUUGGGAUUUUUUGUAAUUUCUGAAGAAGUGCAUGAUAACUGGUAAGGAGCUUUUUGGGGAAAUUAGGCAGAAAAAAAAACCCCUAUGUUUUUGUGCUCUCUAGGAGAAGUACUUUUUUCUGAAAGUAGUCUUGGUGCACUCUGGGACCAUGCACCGAUGAUGCGAGUCACAUGUGCGCAUAUCCAGUGAAGCUUUCCAGAAAUUUGAUGUUCUGUCCCAUCUCCAAUUCUUCCUGUCUUUCCCAUGAUUCUCUUGGAUGUUACUGGUUGGGUGGUCUUUUUUUUUUCCUGUUCUCAAGUUGGCUUUAAAAUCAGCAGCAGAAGACUGCUGCAACAACUUGGCUCAAAAUCUAUUCCUGAAGAACACAUCAUGUCAGUAAAAUGCAACACAGUGUUAGUUUGUUCUAGUCUCUGGCUGUUGGACAUUGACAUAUUGCAGUAUUUUCUUUGAGAGAAUUAAAGUGAAUAGGUGUAGACAUUUCAUAAAUGAAUUCAGUAUUCUGCUUCUAUAAUGUAAGCCCUUUAACUGGGGUAUCCUGAUGGAUACCUCAGUUGGGUGAAGGAAAAAAUAAUCAUCUCACCUGAAUUACAUCGUUAAUAUUCAAGAAUUAUUUUGGAUUUCUUACACUAUAAUUUUAUUUAACAGAAGAUGAAGUGGAAAAGUGAGAAUCUUGGGGGGAGAUGGGUAGGGGGAGAUUCUUUGUCUGAACGAAUUAUAUCAAUCUGAAAUCAGGGACCUGCAGGACUUUCUGUGAACUGAGGUGAUGACAAUGUAAGCAAGACCUAACAAGAUAAAGAUUACUAAUUGUUAUAGGUGGUAUAGGAUCAGAACACAACUUGAGAUUGCAGUAACAAUUAUGCUCUGGUAAUAAUUUAUUUCCAUGAAAAGCAUUGAAUUAGUGGUCUUUACUUUCAAUAAGAAAAUAAAACUCACUUUUUAUGUUCCCCAAAACUAGCUCCUGGCAGCUAACUGUGUUUCUCAGGAGUUUAAAGACUGCUGAGGGAAUGAUCAGAUUCCUGGUUCAUUUUCCGGUCCAUAUAGAUUUCUAUGGAAGGUGUGUUUUUUAAGUUUACUUUCCUUGAGGAGAAGCUGAUUUUAUUGUUAGUUGUAUAUUUUGUUUAAAAAUACAGUUUUCACCUAAUGUUGUUGACAAAAAUUCAUCAUCUUCUGCUUCUUAUUCUGGAGGUAUCGCCAUCCUGAUUUAGUGAUGUUUCAACUUUUAUGUUUACAUUUAAAAGUAUAGAUAUCUAUACCUUUAUUCAUAUCUGCACCUUUACUGAAAAUUGAAGAGACGAUCAAAGCAAAUUAAGCAAAGAAUAUCAAGAUGAGCAAGGUUUUCAUUAAAAAGACAGUUCCUAAUUUUUCUUUCUAGAAGAGAAGGUUAUAUUUGUAUGAGCCUGUAUAUAUGUAUUAAAGGAACAUAAGUAGAUGAUAGUCCUUUUUUAUAGCAUUUCCCCAUUUUGUUCUGACAGGUUAGUGAGACACAGAGCUGGAGCCAGCAGGAUUUGAUCAUGGAUGAGACAGAUGCUAGCCUGGCUUGUGUUUGUGGUCAGCUGCUAACCUUGCAUCCCUCUAAGACAACUGCAUGUUUGGGCUCUUCAGACUUUACCAGGGAAGGCUCUGUUGCACGUAUAGUAAGUCCAGAGUAUGGCAAAGCCUGUCAGGAGAUGAGCAGCUGGCAGAGAAGUGGUGAAGUGAGGCUUGAAGCUUCAUCUCACUGAAAGAUGGGGUUUGGGGAGUGAUGGAUGAGAGGGCACUGAGAGUGCAUGUCAAAUGGGAUUAAGUGAGUAUUUUCAGGUAUCAUAUCUACCUUAUGGAAGGUGCAGAUCAUCAGUACUGGUGCAGAUUAUCCAAAAUCUGUACAUUUAAGUAUUUGAUAUCUUCAGGGGUUUUUUUUAGGUUUAAAAAACUGAUUUUUUUUUUGGCCAUUUUUUUUGGUUUUGAUUUAUCAUUCUUUUGUGCAAUAUUCACAAAAGUAUUAAACUACUGUUCAGUAUGUGUGUACAGAGGCAAUUACGUGUUUUAACAAGUGAAUAAACACAAAAGAAAAGAACAGAAUUGCACUUUAAAUGAGCUUUAUUGCUGGAGUUGUGCCUAAAAUGAUCUAGAUGCCUCCUGCUGUGUGUGGCUUUUGUUUGAAACAAAUUUCCCCGGUAGUGUUGCUGUUUCCAAGGUAUUUUCACAUCACUUUCACAGGAUCGAUAUGCACUCUAGCAUGUUUAAAAGUAUUCAUAUAGUGUACUGAGUUUUUGUUGUGCAAUGACUUUAAUUUAACCGUGGAAUUCUAACACUGAUGAUACAGCCAGAUCAUUAUUACCUUCCCCUUCCCUGAAGCUCGCACUUCUUACUACCAAUCAAAGCCAAUGGCAAAAUUUCCCUAGGACUAGCAUAGCUCUUAAAGGAUCAUGGUCCCAGAAUACGGUUUUGAGAGAAGAAGUGCAAUAUUAUCUCUCCAACUUUCUCGAAAUAAUUACAAAGGCCCUGAAAAUCCAAAACGACACAAUUUUGCUACAGUUCUGGAAAAAAAAGGGGUUCCUCAACUUUCCAUCUUGUAGCAGUGAGAGUAGGCAUAGCAACUAGACUGCAUCAUAGGUCAGUACAGUUCAUUUUGUCCUUGAUCUAAAUGCUGAUUUGUUGUAAGGAUGCCUGAAAACUGAAUACCAUUUGCGUGAUUACCUUUGUUUGCAUGUGCACAUUCUAAAGUGUCAUACUGGGGUAGGUUGCUUGUUGUGGGGGAGAAUAUUUCUGGUUUUGCACAGCACAUAAUCCUCUUAGUAUGGAAAUUUUCUUGCCGUACAAAUGGAAAUCAGUUCUUGAAUCAGGUUUCUGUAGCUGUUCCUAUCUCGUUACAGAGGCUUUUUCCAAGCAGAGUGGAUUUAAUGUGACCCUGGUGGUAGGGCUCAGUAUAGUCAUCUUACAACUGUGCUAUCAAGGAAAUUCAGUCACUGUUAUGGUAAAGCUGCUCACUGCCUACUUAAUUGUAAAAGCACCAUCAUAAAACAAACAUAAUUCCUGUGUAGCAAAAUCUUCAAUUCAAUACUAGCUAAAACAAGAGGUACCCUUACUAUCUGCUUUGUUGUUUUUGGUUUUUAUAACCCAGGCCAGAGUAAAUACUGUAUAUUGGAAUUUGCUUGUAAAGUUGAUUUAAAAAACUGUAUGUAAAAACUCUUUCCUCAAUGUUGCUCUAGUAAAUAAAAAAUAAAAGUCAUAAUUCUAAUAAGUA